AAUGACGGAGAAACCCGAGGCGAACCCCGGAAGUUCCAUCAUUAAAGCUGUCAGCCCAGGUCGCUGAGCGAUGUGUAGCCGUUGCUGCUGCGGGCACGGCUGUGUUGGCGCGACACUUUACCUCAAACGGGACGUCAACAUGUGUUGAAACGACGUUCCUAGCAGAUGAAAGCUGUAAAUAUUGAGGUGUCGGUCUGCGUAUGUACUUCAUCCUGACUGCUGGUCCUGGAGGUUCAAAGAGCAGCAUGCUACUGUGAGGAGAGAGCACAUUAGGGCAGGAUGCAGUCUUCAAACCAUCGACUGCGAGACAUGGAGCAGCACCACCCCCUGCUGUCGGCGGGUGCAGAUGUGGAGGCAGGGAGCCUGGCAGCCGGAGUGAUGGGCGGUGGUCCCCACGCCGGCCACACUGCUGGGAACCGCACGCUGUGGUUCAUUCAGGACGGCUGCGGCAUGGUGUGCGCCACCAUGACCUGGUUUUUGGUGCUGUACGCCGAGUUUGUGGUCAACUUCGUCAUGUUGCUCCCGGCCAAGAACUUUUGGUACUCGCUGCUGAACGGGGCCGCCUUCAACUCCCUGGCCGUGCUCGCGUUGGCCUCGCAUCUGCGCACCAUGUUGACUGACCCGGGUGCGGUUCCUAAGGGCAACGCAACCAAGGAGUAUAUGGAGAGCCUGCAGCUGAAGCCUGGCGAGGUCAUCUACAAGUGCCCAAAGUGCUGCAGCAUCAAGCCUGAGAGGGCGCAUCACUGCAGUAUUUGUAAGAGAUGCAUUCGGAAGAUGGACCAUCACUGUCCAUGGGUCAACAACUGCGUGGGGGAAAAGAAUCAGAGAUUCUUCGUCCUUUUCACUAUGUACAUUGCCUUGAUUUCUGCACACGCCCUGGGCCUCAGCGGCAUGCACUUCUUCACCUGUGUUAAAGUCCAGUGGAACGAGUGCAGUGACUUCUCUCCAGGAGUGUCUGUGCUGCUCCUGAUCUUCCUCUGCCUUGAAGCCAUCCUCUUCCUCACUUUCACAGCUGUGAUGUUUGGUACUCAGAUCCACUCCAUCUGCAACGAUGAGACGGAGAUUGAACGCCUUAAGAACGAGAAGCCCACAUGGGAGCGUCGCGUGAGAUGGGACGGGAUGAAAGCUGUUUUCGGGGGGCCGCCCUCUCUGCUGUGGUGCAACCCGUUCAACGGCCUGCGUCUGCGGCGCCUCAUGCUGCUGAGCCACGGUCGCCGCGGCGGCUCAGAGUUCUCUGUCUGAAAGAGAAUGGGUUUUUCUACACUGCUCCCUGAGUCCAUCCUUCGUGUGUGGGUGACAACGAGGACGGGCUGCUCCGGUGGAAGCCCAGUGCAUCACAAGCACCGCUGACAUCUAUGAAUUGUGUUUGGGGAACAACUGUGAUCUUUUAACAUGAGAAGUUAUUGGGUUUAUGCGUUUCUAGGUAAAGCAUGCAGUACUCUGCUCAAGCGAGUCGACCUGUUUCUGACACCACCCAAGGCGCUGUUUGGACUCAGCUCGUGCACCUUUAGCACAUAACUUGAGCGUUUUGUCUCUGCGGCACACGAGACACAAGAUUAGCAUAUGAAUUUUUUAAAAAUAUUUUUGAGGGAUCGGCAACAUGUCUUACUUUAUCACUGGACCCAGAAACGUGAAUCUAAAUGGUAGAAAUGCUUGAAGGAUUCUGAGUCAAGGACAUGCUCUACUUUACAUGGCACUUGAGAAAAAGCCCGGACGUGGAGCACAGUGGACAUGAGAGAUGGAACUGUGCUGCCUUGAUUUGCAUGUGUGCAUCUCUGCCAGGAAAUGAGGCUUUCACCAUCUUCAAAUGAAUGAACAGGCUUCUGUGAACACAAGCCUCAUUCUUCAGGGCAGAGUGGCUUUUCCUGUCUGACAGCCUCUUAUCGUGUUUUUCCUUCCUCAGGCUGAAUCGUUGAUUGAUCCAGGGCCAGUCAAGAACAUUGUUUCUCCACAGUGUUGCUGUUAUUAUGAUUCUCCAUUUGGGUAUAAAGAAAUCUGUUUAGUAUGACUCAUACGUAUGUGUUCAUUCCACUUCUACAUGCUGCUCUGCGACUCGUCUCACGGUGAACCCCCAAAACAAUAACACGUCUCCAUGUGGUACGAAAAGGAAGUGAUGUCAGAUUGAACAGCUUUGGAUGUUGAAGCUGAUUAAUCCCUAAUUUAAGUGGAAUUUAAGAGUUUUUUCUAGACUUGGAGUCUACUUCACAACACCUGAAUCAGAGCUUCAGCAUUUAAAACCCAGAGUCUAAGCCAAGGCGGCCUCCUUUGGUUCAUUGAGGUCAUCCUGACCCACAGCACCAGGCGCUGUUGUGCUGAGAGCGCCGCUCCGCUGCUGCCAGGUUUAUUUUACGACCUGUCCUACAUUAGUUUAGAGACAAGAAGUAGCACAUACAGUACGUCUUCAGUCGUCUUACACAUCAACUCACAACCAGGCCUCCGACGCCAUCAGUCACAUCAGUCCAGUGAUUUUAUUGGCUUGAUACACUGUCAUUAUUGCCAUGGUUCUAAAGGUGUUCUUCUGUUUUUACUGCUUAUUUAAUGCAGAGGGUGAACGGGAGGAGUUCCUCCUGGUCGUUGAAGUGUUAAAUCUGGGGUUAAGUCGCAUUUUUAUUGUACGUUGGACAAUAUUCUGCUGUUUGUUCUCACCUGUGGAGGUUGUCAGGAGAAACAGCUCUACCUGCAGCGUUUACACUAAAUGAUGUUCCAGUAUCUGAAGUUGUGACAAACAGUGUAUCUAUUGUGGGACACGGUGACAAAGCACUGAUAUCAGGGUUUCUAUUGUUUCUGCUUUUCUCUGCUGGACGGCAUCGUUUCAGCAGCAGGGUCUGGCUCAGAUGUCACUUUCUGUUUUUAUACCCUGCAUGUUUCAUUCAGCGAACCUGUGACACGCUCGGCCUACCGUUAAUGAGCAGACGCAUCACAGGCACAUGUGAUGUGGGACAGAUGCAAAGCCAGUAGAAUCACGCUGUGUUUUAGCAGAUGGACGACUAUCUUUUUAAUCGAGCAGUGGCUUUCAUUUAAAAUCUUAGUGUGAAAUUGCAUCCAGAGGAAACAUGAAAUGACUUUCAAAUGAGAGUAGAUGACAUAUUUGCGGCGUCCGUGGUCGGACUGUUGCUGCAGAACGAUGAGACGAAGCUAAUCACGGGUGCAGCGCAAACGAUGCUGGAGCCAUUUGGGCAGCGUGAACCCCAAUGGAAUGCUGUUACGGUGAAUUCCCACAUGUUCAGACAAUGAAUGAUGAGUUUUAAAGGUGGUAUCUGCUGCACGACUUCAAAAAACUGACCACCACGAGUGUCGCGGGAGAAAUUAUCUACUUCAUCACAAGCAGAGAAACGUUUCUCCAAGAACAAACGUCAUGCUCGACUUUAUAUAAGCAAAGUAUAAAGGUUCCUAUUAACAGUAUAUAAAUGGAAUGUGGUAUUCAGGUUUUUUAAAUUAAUGUCAUAAUCCUAUGUCUUUAAUGUUGUUCUUUUACAUAAUAAACUUGAUUAAAUUAAA